AUGAAUGCAAAUCUUAAUUUAAGCAUAAAACGUAAUUUAACCGAUUUCUAUACACCAUUUGAUACAUUGAUUGAUUGUAUGAGGUUACAACAGGGAUAUCCUAAUGCCAGUAAACUCCUUUGUGAUGUUUCCACAUUUCUCGGAGGUUUUAUGGCUUACGUAUUCCCAAUCAUUGGAGUGGCUGAUCUGAUUUCAAACUCUAUUGUUGCCACAAUAUUUCUUUACUGUAUACCACAACAUAACAGACAAUUCAUAUAUCUAGGAGUUCUCGCCUUAUCAGAUAUUUCAAUCGAUAUUGCUAUCGGAUGGUUACGAUGGUUUCCCACAUUCGGUUUACCAUUCGCCACAUCAGGAAAUGUGUAUUAUUUCAUUUCAUUAACGUCAAGAACUAGCUGCAAGUUGUACGUGUUCAUCCAAUCGAUCACCUGCAUAUUCCGUGGAAAUAUCUUCCUAAUGAUGGCAUUCGAUCGUUUGUUAUUGAUUUAUAAACCAUUAGUUUUCAAAAAACAUCCUAAAUACAGUAUUUGGAUAAUCAUUAUCAUGGUAUUCAUCAUAACAUUCUGCAUGUCAUUGCCGGUUUCCAUUAAUAGUGAUUUAAUGUUGAUGCUCAAUUUGAAUAUUUGUUGGUAUGCGAAUUAUACGGAAUUCUUAAUCAUUUAUCAAGUUUUAUUUUCAUACACAUGUUUAACACAAUUUUCACUUGUUUCAUUGAUUGAUAUCUUUUUCCUGGUGAAAGUGAUACGUUGGUCACGUAGUCGACCUCAAGCAAUAGAGACACGUUCAUCGAAAACACUAAACAAUACACGUACUGUCACAAUGCUUGUACUUCAUUUUUUUGCAUUUUUAUGUGCAUUACCAUGUGGGAUCUCUUAUUUGUUAACAAUCACUUUUGAUAGUGCAAGUUAUAAUGUUGCAGAAUCAUUUCUUCGUUUCUUAUUACUAUUUAUGAAUGUUGGAUGGACUUUGAUUUUCUUGCAAUCAUCUUUAAAUAUUAUUUUAUAUUGUAUUCGUAUUGAAAAAUUCAAACAAAUUCUAUUGAAACCAAUAAUGGUUAAUUGGAAGAAAACACUAACUAUCCAUAAGACAUCAUCGGCAUUUUUUGGCAGCUGA